CGCGGUCUAAUUGUCCCCAAUAUAACCCUCUCCUUCCUACUAGGGUUCCAUGCCUCACAUCUCCCCGCAUUUCCCUCUCCCUUGUCUCUUUCUCUCUCUCAACGUUUGAAAAUUUCUGACUUUUGUUCUGGAUUCUCAAUUCCUUCUUGUUUUGUUUUGUUGGGUUCAAACUCAAAAUUUUGCCUCUCAUUUCUGGGUUUUUCAAUUGAAGUGACAAAGAUUUCAAAUUGGAAGGGGAUUUCCGGUUUCAGGUGGUUCAAUUUUGAAUUUAUUGGGAGAUUUUUGGGUUUCAAUUCCUGGAUUUUCAAAUUGAAGUGGUGGAAGUUAUCAAACCGGAGAUAAUUUAUUUCAAUUCCAUUUUAGGAUUUCGGGUUUUUUUUUAUUUAAUUUUCAAAAUUGGAUUUUGAGCAACGGGUCUGUGAAAUCUGGUUUUUUGAUUCCCGGGUGUUGAAAUUGAAGUGAAAAGGCUUUCAAAUUGGAGAGAAAUUUCGGUUUUGGCAACUGGGUAUGCGAGAUAGGUAUUGGGGGGAAGAGAAAGUGAGGUUGUGUGAGUUGCUUUUUUUGUGAGAAUGCCCGCGACGGACUUUCAAGGUUCGUCUCCUUCAUCGUUAACCCAUUUUGGCCGUUCAAUUCUGAGUCUCCGUCGUGAUCAGGUUCACUCCAUCUCCAUGGAAGGUUCGAGCUUGGAGACCGAGUUGGAAUCGUUUCAGCAACGUGUGACUGACCGGUUCCUUGAACUCUCUUCGAUUGCUCAGGAUGAUUUGCUUUCACUCUCGUGGAUUGGGAAACUUCUAGAUUGCUUCCUCUGUUGCCAAGAGGAGUUCAGGGCCAUUCUCCAUUCACACAAGGCACAGGUGUUGAGACCCCCCUUGGAUCGCAUGGUCUCUGAUUAUUUUGAACGUAGUGUGAAGGCUUUGGAUGUUUGCAAUGCGAUUCGUGACGGGAUUGAGCAGAUUCGCCAGUGGCAGAAGCUGUUGGAGAUUGUGCUCUAUGCAUUGGGGCAUCAAAGGAGCAUUGGUGAGGGCCAAUUUCGUAGAGCCAAGAAGGCCCUCAUUGAUUUGGCAAUUGGGAUGCUUGAUGAUAAGGACUCCAAUGCUUCUAUUGCUCAUCGAAACCGGUCUUUUGGCCGCAGCACUGGUAGCAAGGAGCAUCACAAUCAUAGUCAUAGUCAUAAUCACAAUAAUAGCAACUAUCACCAUCGGUCUUUGGGGCAUUUUCGAUCGCUUUCAUGGAGUGUUUCGCGUACUUGGUCUGCUGCUAGACAGCUCCAAGCAAUUGGGAACAACAUUUAUCCCCCUAAAGCAAAUGAUCUUGUGGCUUCCAAUGGUCUUGCAAUGCCAGUGUUCAUCAUGAAUUCGAUUCUGUUGUUUGUGAUGUGGGCUCUUGUGGCUGCAAUUCCAUGCCAGGACCGUGGAUUACAUGUCCAUUUUACCAUUCCUAGGAAUUUCUCGUGGGCUGUUUCAUUGCUCUCGAUUCACGAAAGGAUCAUGGAGGAGUCGAAGAAGCGGGAGCGGAAGAAUUCCUGUGGCUUGCUCAAGGAGAUUUAUCAGAUUGAGAAAUGUGCUAGAGUGAUGAAUGAAUUGGCUGAUUCUGUGCACUUCCCAUUGUCGGAGGAGAAAGAAAGGGAGGUUAGACAGAGAGUGGAAGAAGUUUCACUGGUUUGCGAUGCUUUGAAAGAUGGACUAGACCCUUUGGAGCGCCAAGUGAGGGAGGUGUUCCAUAGAAUCGUGCGCAGCCGGACAGAAGGGCUUGAUUCUUUUGGCAGGCCUAGCAAUGCUGAGUAAUUUGCUGCCCGCAGUAAUUUUUUGUGGGUGCUGAAAUGAAAAUACAAGUUGUGACAUUAUAAUAGCCUAAUUUCGCUUCCAUAGAAAUAGAAGACUACAAAGAAGAAGCAAGUGACCUAUGGAGAUAAAAGAGGAAGAAAGACAAAGGCUGGUGGUUUGACGUGAAGAUUAUGCCAACAAUAAAGUGGUAAGGGGGAGGAUUCUUGUACUUAGAAACCGUAUAAAAUGUAUAGAAUUUAGGAUAUUUCAUGUGGGAUCCUUGUGGUCUGUGCUGUUUGUUUUCCUCCCCUCUUGUUUUUGUCUUGUGAUGUUGCUAUUGUAUAAUCAAUUUUCUCUUUAACUUGCUGCAUCCUCAUUGUAGCUGAUUUUGUUCAUGAAUAUGUAUUAGAUAAAUCUUCUUUUGGUUCAUAUACUUACAAUUGUAUUUGGAAGAGCAUAUUAUUAUUAAAUCCUGCCUUCCUUUGGAGUCCGGGAAUUGUUUAAUUUUCAUUAAGCUCUAUGGAUUAACUGGAGAAGAAAUUAAUCUUGAUCAAAUCCUGAGGAAUUUAUAUCUUUAUUAUACUACCUUCGUUCUGAUUUUCAUUUCCAUUAUCAUUUGUGGACUUCAAUUGUUGUGAAUGACAUUGACAAUGACCAGGUACUUAGUUCCGUUCCAUACCUACAGUUUUGUGUUAGGAAAAUAUGGUCUUAAAAAGAUUUUGCGAUUUGUACUUAAAAUGCACUUGAUGCAAUCAAAAUUAAAGUUUCACGACAAAUAAAAUAUACAAUUGUUUCACUCACUCUUGAGCCAUUCAUUCGCACAUACUCUGAAAUUGGAGAUGGCACAAGUUAAUCUGAUAUUUCUGUUUUUAUUUGGCCCACUGUUCUUAUGUUAAAAUUCCAGUCUUAUGCAUUUGAGUAAUGAAAAUAUUACCGAAACUGUUUAGUGUCACACCUGAAUCUUUAAUGCGUUUGAUUUUUGCAGUCAAGUCAUUUAAGUUGGUGGACUUUGACCUGGCUUAUUGCCAUCCAUAAUUGAACUUCUUGGCAAGGUGACACUAGUUCCUGGUCAAGUUAAAACUUGUUGACCAGGUGUCAAUGAAUUCUUUAUUCUUUAUGACCUCUUAUAAAGUCAUCAGGAUUUUCCUUUUGGGUAACAUCUGUGUUAGGACUCUAAAGGGUUUCCAAAAUUUUCUAGUGGUCUCUCAUUUUUUGCUAUAAAAUGUCCUAGGCAAAGUUCAGCGGGUGAGUUAUUGUAUAUAUUUGUCUAAAUAAUUGCUGUAUAUUUUUGUCUUUCAAGUUUCAUUGAAAUAAUAUUGUUCAAUCAUUAGGGCAUGCAAUUUAUUUUUGGAUAGUAUCUUCAUGAUAAUUUCUACAAAUACUUGUUUAUCUAUCUGUACGCACCUGCUGUCUCUGCAACUUGUGCGGAGGUUUAAAAGGAUGAUUUUGCUUAACUAGCAAACUAUUGUCUUUCCAGCUCAAUACAAUGUGC